UGACUACUGAUCCGGAGCAAGUAAUUAUGCCGGUACAAAGGUCUUGCUCCGUCAACCUAUGUCUAUCCAGCGAGCAAGCAGCCAGCUAAAAUAGAAUACACUAAGUCGCCGCAUGAAAGGUGCUUAGAGGCAGGUCGCAAGUCGGGAAGCAAACAGUUCAAGUCAAUCUUCCAAGCAUUGUCUUCUACCGGGUCCGUUCAGUGGUUUUUUGAAUUCGUCCUCCGCAGCCUCCCACACGAUUCCAAAAAUGGCCGAUUCCGAUGAAGAAUAUGUUGGUGAGAUCUCUGGCGACGACUUGAACGGACACCAUGUUCUAUCUCAAGGGGGAGCAGCUCAGCCCCCACGAUCAAGAAGGAAGAAAAAUCGCGGAGGUGCCGAGUGGGAGGUAUCCAGGACUUGGGAAAGCUUGGUCGAAGGCGCAGAUGGCACAAUCAAUUCCACAGUGGAGGGUUUACUCGAGGCUGGAAAAAGGAAAAGGCUUUUAAGGGACACCACACCACUACAACGAGGCAUCAUUCGCCAUCUUAUGCUGGUCCUUGACUUGUCGCAGUCAAUGGCAGAAAAAGAUUUACGACCAACUCGGUAUCUUUUGUCUCUGCGCUAUGCCCAAGAGUUUGUGAGAGAAUUCUUUGAACAGAAUCCGAUUUCUCAGCUAGGCGUUCUAGGCCUGAGGGAUGGUCUCGCAAUACGGAUCAGUGAUAUGAGUGGGAAUCUUACUGAACAUAUCGGCGCAAUCCAAGCUCUUCGCGAUCACGAUCCGAAAGGUCUUCCUAGUUUGCAGAACGGGCUCGAAAUGGCCCGAGGUGCUCUUUUUCAUACUCCAACUCAUGGCACCCGCGAAGUACUGGUCAUCUUCGGUUCCCUGCUUUCCUCUGACCCAGGUGACAUUCACCAAACCAUAGCUACUCUGGUUAACGAGAAAAUCCGCGUCGGCAUCGUGGGCCUCGCUGCCCAAGUGGCUAUCUGCCGUGAGCUUUGCACCAGGACAAAUCAUGGCGAUGAUAGCACAUAUGGCGUGGCUCUAAACGAGCAGCACUUUCGCGAGUUGGUAAUGGGUGUCACAACCCCCCCGGCCACAUUUUCUCAACGGCCGUCUGCAAGUUCCCUUUUAAUGAUGGGAUUUCCAUCCCGGUCCGUCGAAGCUCAUCCUUCUCUCUGCUCGUGUCACUCGGAUGCUUCUUGCGGAGGCUAUUCCUGCUCUCGGUGCAGUAGCAAAGUUUGCGGUCUUCCCGCCGAAUGCCCUUCCUGCGGCCUGACACUAAUCCUUUCCACACAUCUCGCUCGUUCUUACCAUCAUCUUUUCCCAUUGAUGAACUGGGUCGAAGUUCCGUGGCAGUGCGCCUCGCGUAGCCCGGCGUGCUUUGCUUGUGGUAUAAAUUUUCCUUCAGUGCCCUCCAAGGAUCAAUGGCAUGUUGCCGAUAUACAGUCGAAAGGAAUGAGCAUAAGCAGUCGCUAUGAGUGUACUGUGUGCCGAAACCAUUUCUGCAUUGACUGUGAUCUUUUUGCUCAUGAAGUUGUGCAUAAUUGCCCUGGUUGCCAAAGCAGGACAACAUUUUCAGGAACUUCUGGGCUUGUCCAGGGUGCUGAUGUGACUGAUAAGAUGGAUACAUCGAUAUGAUCCCGGUUGGUAUAACCCAGUACGUACUAUCACGAGACGCCGCCUUCCAUAACAUCGCGUAUACAGGAUUUACAUGUUUCCGUAAGCCGUCCACUACUAAUGCUAAGCCCUAAUGAGGUUCGACGGUCGCCUCAGAGGACAAUUUAUUGGUGAUCACUGCGUGUUCAGUCCGCACGCUAUGCGAUCAUCAAAAAGGAGCUUAAAGGGUGAUCUUGUAGCUCCGAGGUGACGCGGUAGCUAUGUUCUUGAAAGCAGCCCACGUAUGACAACUUGAAAGAGGUAGUACUUGAGUAAUACCAUUCGUGAAAGAAGCUAAAGAGAUGUGCAAGGUGUAUUGCAGACAAUAUUUAAUCAGUUUCAG